GGUGUCGAACCCCAAGAAGCCGGGCCGGGUCACCAACCAGCUGCAGUACCUGCACAAGGUGGUGAUGAAGGCCCUGUGGAAGCACCAGUUCGCUUGGCCCUUCCGCCAGCCCGUCGACGCCGUCAAGCUGGGCCUGCCGAUGCCCAUCCAUGGCCUUGUAGAAGACUUGCCGUGACCCCAAUAAUAAAGGCCAGCCCCCCGUGCACCUGUGGCGCCCAAGGAUUUAAAGCCCGGAGGACUACCACAAGAUCAUCAAGCAGCCCAUGGACAUGGGGACGAUCAAGCGGCGCCUGGAGAACAACUACUACUGGGGGGCCGCCGAGUGCAUGCAGGACUUCAACACCAUGUUCACCAACUGCUACAUCUACAACAAGCCCACGGACGACAUCGUGCUGAUGGCCCAAACCCUGGAGAAGAUUUUCCUGCAGAAGGUGGCCCAGAUGCCCCCGGAGGAGCAGGAGAUCGUGGUGCCGGUGGCCAAGAACAGCCACAAGAAGGGAGCCUCGCGGGCAGCGGCGCUCCUGGCGGGCCUCACGGCCGCCCAGCAGGUGCCGGCCGUCUCCUCGGUGUCGCACAGCACGGUGUACGCCCCGAGCCCCGACAUCCCCACCACCAUCGUCAACAUUCCCCACCCGUCCGUCAUCUCGGCUCCGCUCCUCAAGUCGCUGCACGCCCCCAGCCCGGCCGCGCUGCCCGCGCCCACCCAGCCCGUGGCCAAGAAGAAGGGCGUGAAGCGGAAAGCGGACACCACCACCCCCACCACCACGGCCAUCAUCGCCACCAGCGGGGAGUCCUCGCCCUCCGCCACGCUGCUGGAGGCCAAGGCGGCCAAGAUCCCCGCGCGGCGCGAGAGCGGCCGGCCCAUCAAGCCCCCCAAGAAGGACUUGCCGGACUCGCAGCAGCACCAGACGUCCAAGAAGGGCAAGCUGUCGGAGCAGCUCAAGUACUGCAACGGCAUCCUCAAGGAGCUGCUCUCCAAGAAGCACGCCGCCUACGCCUGGCCCUUCUACAAGCCCGUCGACGCCUCGGCGCUGGGGCUGCACGACUACCACGAGAUCAUCAAGCACCCCAUGGACCUCAGCACCAUCAAGCGGAAGAUGGAGAACCGGGACUACCACGACGCGCAGGAGUUCGCCGCCGACGUGCGGUUAAUGUUCUCCAACUGCUACAAGUACAACCCGCCCGACCACGACGUGGUGGCCAUGGCCCGCAAGCUGCAGGACGUGUUUGAGUUCAGCUACGCCAAGAUGCCCGACGAGCCGCAGGACGCCAGCCCGCCCUCGGUGUCGGCGCCGCUGCCCGGCGCCCUCUCCAAGUCCUCAUCCGAGGAGUCCUCCAGCGACGAGGACGAGGACGACGAGGACGACGAAGACGACGACGAGGACGAGAGCAGCAGCGAGAGCUCGUCGGAGAGCGAGGAGAGCUCCGACUCGGAGGAGGAGCGCGCCAACCGCCUGGCCGAGCUGCAGGAGCAGCUGCGGGCCGUGCACGAGCAGCUGGCUGCCCUCUCACAGGGCCCCGUUUCCAAACCCAAAAAGAAGCGGGAGAAGAAGAAGAAGAAGAAGUCGGAGAAGCACAAAGGCCGGGGGGGCGACGACGAGGCCCGGGCGCGCCAGGCCCAGCUGCGCAAAGCCAAGAAGGCCGGGGGCGGCGGAGGGACCAGCGGGGGCGGCGGCGGAGGCAGCUCCAAGAACUCGAAGAAGGCGGCGAAAGCGGCGCUGCCGCCUCCCCCGGCGCUCUACGACUCGGAGGAGGAGGAGGAGAGCAAGCCCAUGACGUACGACGAGAAGCGGCAGCUGAGCCUGGACAUCAACAAGCUGCCCGGCGAGAAGCUGGGCCGCGUGGUGCACAUCAUCCAGUCGCGGGAGCCGUCCCUGCGCGACUCCAACCCCGAGGAGAUCGAGAUCGACUUCGAGACCCUCAAGCCCUCGACGCUGCGCGAGCUGGAGCGCUACGUGCUGUCCUGCCUGCGGAAGAAGCCCCGCAAGCCCUACAGCGAAACCAUGAAGAAGCCGGUGGGCAAGACGAAAGAGGAGCUGGCGCUGGAGAAGAAGCGGGAGCUGGAGAAGCGGCUGCAGGACGUCAGCGGCCAGCUCAACUCCGCCAAGAAACCCCCGAAGAAGGCCAGCGAGAAGCCCGAGUCGGCGCAGCAGGUGGCGGUGUCGCGGCUCAGCGCCUCCAGCUCCAGCUCGGACUCGAGCAGCUCCAGCUCCAGCUCCUCGUCCUCGGACACCAGCGACUCGGAUUCGGGUUAGGGCCGGCUGCAGCCAGGGGCAGGUUCGGAAGCGGCUCCGCGGGACCGGGCCCGCGUGAACCGGACUGAGAGCCCCC